UAGAGAGUAAGUAUUGGAACGUAGAAAGUUGGAGAGGAAGAAGGAAUGAAUGAAGAUGGAGAAAGGGAGAAACGAUUCUUGAGUUGAGUCUGGCCCGAAAUUCAAGGCCAACGCGGCUCGUUAAUGCAACCUCUUUCUUCCCCUUUUCUAUCCUUCAAUCUCUCCACAUCGAUCACCUCUUUCUUUCUUUCCUUUCUUUUCUAGUUCUUUUCUCUGUACCUCUCUUACGUGCCUUCUCUACUUUCCAAUAUGGCAAACCUUCCCAAUCUACGUCGUCUCUUUGUCGAGGCAAGAACAGAGGCAGAAGAAAACGAAUACUCCAGAACCGCUUUCUACAAUCUCGUCCUGUUCAUCUCGUCCGUCGCGGUGUUCAGCCUGGUCGCGCAGCGCAUGGGUGGAGGAAAGUCGGUCAAAUGACGCAACAUUAUCUGUCAUUGUUCAGCAAUUUCGUCUG